CUGAAGAUUUGAACCAUAUCUUUGGCUUGUCUUGGACUAUGCUGAUCCUGUGCGAUUUGGUGGUAUAUCAGUGCCAUCUAUAUUGGUUGAACUGGCAAAUAUACCGAGAAAUAGCCAAUAGCAUUAUAGAAGCGAUUUUAGUUGCACUACCCCGCGUGUGGACCCUAUGGAUAACCUUGAAAAGCUCUCAAGAUUGUAUGGACGAAGCCAACAAUAUAUCUUUUCAGCUCCAUAGAAUAAAAUGUUCAAAUGACAAUGACCUGCUUACUGUCCAGAUACAAAACUUCUCGCUCCAACUGGCUCAUGAACGAAUCAUUUUCACAGCGAAAGGAUUCUUUCCAGUCAACGUAACAAUACUAAAAUCGAUAUUCGCUUUAAUCACGAUGUAUAUGUGCUUUUUCAUCCAACUAAUGCCAGACUACAUGCUUGCACUGGCAGAAGAAAUGCAAGAAUGAAAUGUUUGACUUUGGACAUCCAAAAGGAGCAUAAUGAAGUCCUGCGCAGUCUUCAUGCGCAGUCCGAGACGACACAUCAUAACACGAAAUCAACACAAAUAAAAAACCCAAAAAUUUUUCACAGUACCACAUCUUUAUUCCUUUUCCGUUAAAAUAAAUCAACACACUUCGUUCAUUUCAAUAUGCAAAUUUCAACAAUUAAAAAAAUAAAAGAAAACAAAUUCGUUGAAAGGGAAUAAGACAUUAACAAAUAAACAAAAAAAAGGACUUCACAAUUUUCACACAAGGAAAAAUACAAGACCAUAUCAAUAUAUUACUAUUAUUAUUAUUAUCUUCAUAUCUCAUCCUCUCAAGGAGAUAGAUGCAUCAGCAAUUAUCUAU